AUGAGCCCUUAUAAACUGGGUUGCUCUGGUCCAGUCUUCAGAGAAAGAGUCCCUGCGUUGGUUAUCGAGCUUGACUUUGAUCAGUUACCAGAGGGUGAUGAAGUUAUAAGUAUAUUGAAACAGGAACACACUCAACUGCACAUAUGGAUUGCCUUAGCGCUGGAAUACUACAAACAAGGAAAAACAGAAGACUUUGUGAAGCUGUUGGAAGCUGCACGCAUAGAUGGUAACUUGGACUAUAGAGACCAUGAAAAAGAUCAGAUGACAUGUCUGGAUACUCUGGCAGCGUACUAUGUACAGCAGGCUCGAAAGGAGAAGAACAAAGAUAACAAGAAGGAGCUCAUUACACAAGCUACCUUGUUGUAUACUAUGGCUGACAAGAUUAUCAUGUAUGAUCAGAAUCACUUGUUGGGAAGAGCUUGCUUUUGUCUGCUUGAAGGUGAUAAGAUGGACCAGGCUGAUGCACAAUUCCACUUUGUGCUCAACCAGUCUCCAAAUAAUAUUCCUGCCCUUCUCGGUAAAGCAUGCAUUUCUUUCAACAAGAAAGAUUAUAGAGGAGCCCUUGCCUACUACAAGAAAGCAUUACGUACCAAUCCCGGCUGCCCAGCUGAGGUUCGAUUGGGUAUGGGCCACUGCUUCGUGAAACUGAACAAGUUAGAAAAUUUUUUCAGCAGGGCUCUGGAGCUAAAUUCGAAAUGCGUAGGGGCUUUGGUUGGAUUGGCUGUUCUGGAACUCAAUAAUAAAGAGGCUGAUUCCAUCAAGAAUGGUGUUCAACUCCUUUCUAGGGCUUACACAAUUGAUCCCAGUAAUCCAAUGGUGUUGAAUCACUUGGCUAAUCACUUCUUCUUCAAGAAGGACUAUGGUAAAGUACAGCACUUGGCUCUUCAUGCUUUCCAUAAUACCGAAGUUGAAGCAAUGCAGGCAGAGAGUUGUUACCAGCUGGCUAGGUCUUUUCAUGUGCAGGAAGAUUAUGAUCAAGCUUUCCAGUAUUAUUACCAGGCCACUCAGUUUGCCUCAUCUUCUUUUGUACUUCCAUUUUUUGGAUUGGGUCAAAUGUACAUUUAUCGAGGGGACAAAGAGAAUGCAUCACAAUGCUUUGAAAAAGUUUUGAAAGCCUAUCCUAACAAUUAUGAGACUAUGAAAAUCCUUGGAUCUCUUUAUGCGGCUUCGGAAGACCAGGAGAAACGGGAUAUUGCAAAG